GCCUGAAGCGUGAAUAAAACCAGAGAGAGAGAGGAAGAGAGAGAGAGAGAGAGAGAGAGCAGCGCGCGCACGCUGUGUUUAUUCACUUAUUUCUCUCCACUCUGCUCUUUUGGACAUUAUGAUCAGAAGUCGUUUCGUUCUGGAGAGUUUUUUCCCUUCCACUUUAGACUAGUUUGAUAUUUGAUAUUUUGUUAUUUAUUUAUUUACCCUGAGGACUUCAAUGGCUUGUGCAUCCUGACGCGCGCGCGCGCCCUGGAGAGACUUUUCCCCUCCUGUGUGAAAAUGUCCGGUUGGAGCACGGUCCACGUCGCACCCGCCGAGGCUUAUGGAAUAUAGCCUGCUUCGCGCACAUCAUCCGUAUGCUCUGUCAGCGAGUCCGGUGAGGCGGAAGCUCGCGCUGUUCGGCAUCAUGCUCGUGCUGUGGCUCUACGUGCUGUACUCGUGCGUGGGCUCGUGCGCCACCGUGCCGAGUUUACGCGCAGACCGGCGCCGGCCCGAGGACGCGGGCUUAAGGUCGGGAAUCGGGUCCCGGUUAGGUCCACGAGCGCGCGGCUGGGAGGACUACGACCAAACGGGCGUCGGGGUGUUUUCUAGAGACUUGAACAAUGUCAAAAGCGACGACGGAACGGAUGUCAGGACGUUUCCUCGAGAUGUCUUGAACGGCAACGAGGCCGAGACGGAGACGGAGACGGAGCGGCGGGGAGGAGACGCGGGAGGAGAGCGGAGGUCCCCGGUGCACAGCGGCGGCUUGUCCACUUUCUCCAACGGCUCCGGGACCAAGCGGCUGCCGCAGGCCAUCAUCGUGGGCGUGAAGAAAGGCGGCACGCGCGCGCUGCUCGAGUUUCUCCGCGUGCACCCGGACGUGAGGGCGGCGGGAGCCGAGCCGCACUUUUUCGACCGUUUCUAUGACAACGGAUUGGAGUGGUACAGAGACCUGAUGCCCAAGACCCUGGAGGGUCAGAUCACCAUGGAGAAGACACCCAGCUACUUUGUGACUCGUGAAGCUCCAGCUCGGAUCUACUCCAUGUCGCGUUCCACCAAACUCAUAGUGGUGGUGAGGGAUCCGGUCACCCGGGCCAUCUCAGACUAUACACAGACACUGUCAAAAAAGCCAGACAUUCCCUCCUUUGAGAGUCUGACAUUCAAAAACAGGACUACAGGCCUUAUUGACACCUCAUGGAGCGCAAUCCAGAUCGGCAUCUACGCCAAGCACCUGGACAACUGGCUCCAGUUCUUCCCCAUGCGCCAGAUCCUGUUUGUGAGCGGCGAACGGCUGAUCAGUGACCCAGCUGGAGAGCUCGGCCGUGUGCAGGACUUCCUGGGUCUCAAGAGGAUCAUCACAGACAAACACUUCUAUUUCAACCAGACCAAGGGCUUUCCAUGCCUGAAGAAGGCUGAAGGAAGCAGCAAGCCUCACUGCCUGGGCAAAACCAAAGGCCGAACGCACCCCAAUAUUGACCCCGAGGUGGUGCAGAGGUUACGAGACUUCUAUCGGCCCUUUAAUAUGAAGUUCUACCAGAUGACUGGACACAACUUUGGCUGGGAUUGAAAGUGAACUACAAAAACUGAAAACUCUUUGUGUUUGUAAUGGCAAAAGAUGUGACAAUUGCUAUCUAUCUAUAUAUAUAUAUAUGUAAAUGUACAGAAAUCUAUUUUAUAAUAAUUUAUUUUUUAAUUUUUAAGCAAUUAAUUCACUAAGCUGCCUAACCAUAUUUGUACAGCGCAUCUGGCUCACAUUUACACCCCUGCCCCACAACAUUCCUACUUUUUUCCUCCCCACCCUGCCCUCCCCACACCCUCAAAUAACAAAGGUUGGAUCAAUAGACCUAAUUGGUACUCACAGUGUCCUUGAUUCAUGCAUAGACUAUCCCUCUGAUUUUUUUCUAGCAAAGCGUGCUAUGAAUGGGCAUUUUAUCAGUGGAGCAAUUGUGUGGUGGAAUACACUGAGGCAACAUGUCAUUAUGCUAAUUAUACAACAUGAACCUGAUUAGAUCUCUCAGGUCUCAUUGCAUCUUGGGAUAAUGAGGUGAAUCAGAUGGGGUCGGUGCCAGAGAUGCUGCCAUGCAGAUGGUGUGAUAUGAUGUAAAGUGCAGUCAGAAGAUAUUAUGGUUCCUCUAUCAUAAGAUCUCAAAGUGGUUCGGACGAUGCAGUCAAAAGAUAUUAUGGUUCCUCUAUCAUAAGAUCUCAAAGUCGAUCGGACCAAUCAGCAUCUAAAUCUCAAAAAUGAGCAUAUCACAUAUUCUGAUUCAUCCUAUUCAGAGUUCAUCUCAAUCAAUUUCUUGUUGCCAAAUUAUCAUGCAAGUUGAAACUUCAUUAUAAAGCCUCAAUUGUUUUUGUCUCAGUUUGUGUUGCAUAUUUUAGACCUCGUUUUCUCUUUCUACUUGAAUUCUUUUUAUGCAAGAGGGAGAAACAGUCUAGCUAGCCAUCUCUUAUAUAUCUUAUAGUCUCCAGGAUGAGAGAAAGACCUCAGCAUAGCCCUGCUCUAUCUGCUACUCCUUAGUCUAAUGAAAACAGACAUUCAGGAUAAACUCCUAACUUCUGAACCUUGUGUCUAAUUCUUAAAUGCAAAACAUUAUGCAAAAGGCAUGAGCAAAUAUACUGGCAGUAGUGUGGCAGGACUUGGGAAGAUUUUAAUAAUAAUUAAAAUCGAGCAAAAGAGUCUUUCUCUAGAUCAGUAAAUUUAGUUUUUAAAAGAAGAUAUUUUUUGACAGAUUGGAACAGGGUUGAGUUGUGAAUGUACCGAAGCGUUGAAUCACUUAAACAUUGUGAAAAUCCAUAUAUAUAUAUAUAUAUAUAUAUAUAUAUAUAUAUAUAUAUAUAUAUACAGUAUGCAAAGGAUGGGUGUGGAACUCAAAUGUGGUCAGCAACGGCUCAUUAAUUUUGCUUUUGAUGAUUUUGUGCCUCUAACUAGUUCUGUAUGAUGCUGAAGCCCACAUCCUUCCAUUUAGGAGGGAGAUUAUAAUACGAAUCAGCUGUGAGGUCAUAGCCAUGAGGGUUCACCACAUGUGGAUUUCGGAAAUGAGCAGGAAAGAGAAGGCACAAAUUUUAGACAUCUCUCAUUUUCUUCUAUUUUCAAUCCUCAUUUAUUGCAAAACGCAAAAAAGAAACAAAAAAAAAAACCAAACAAACCAAACUUGCGAAAUCUCUCCGUAACCAUAAAGGGAUCAC